UUGUAUAUGUUGUAUCCAAACUUCCGGUUUCUGACACGACAACAAUUUAUUUACUUGAAUUUUUGUUUACUAAUAAUGCUGAAAGCAAUCAUAUUGAUCGGUGGUCCUAUCAAAGGUACCAGAUUCCGACCUCUAUCACUGGAGUUAGCCAAACCUUUGUUUCCUGUAGCGGGCUUUCCUGUUAUUUAUCAUCAUAUAGAAGCUUGCAGUAAGGUACCAGACAUAAAGGAGGUUAUAUUAAUUGGAUUUUUCCAGCCUAAUGAUGCCCUCACAAGAUUUAUCAAUUCAGCACAGAUGGAAUUCAAAAUUCAAAUCAGAUAUUUACAGGAGUACACAGCCCUUGGAACUGCAGGAGGUCUUUAUCACUUUCGGGACCAGAUAUUGGCGGGGCAACCAGAUCAUUUCUUUGUCAUGAAUUCCGAUGUGUGUGGAGAUUUCCCUUUAAAAGAAAUGUUACAGGCACAUAGAAAAAGAGUGAAAGGAUCAUAUUGUACCAUCCUAGGCAUAGAGGCUACAAGACAACAGUCACUGAAUUAUGGUUGUAUUGUAGAAAAUAAAGACACACAUGAGGUAUUACAUUACGUAGAGAAACCAGAAACCUACAUUAGUACUACAAUCAAUGGUGGGGUGUACCUGUUCUCACCGGAGAUAUUCCAGCCGUUAGAACAUAUUUUUAAACAGAAUUUAGAUAGUAAAUACAGUUGCAAAGAAGGAAGAUUUGACGUUUUUGGUUUUGAUCCAAAUGUAUCCACGAGUGAGGUAAUAAGAUUAGAGCAGGAUAUUUUUGUACCUUUAGCCAGUUCAGGGAAGCUGUUUGUUUAUGAUACGAAACGUUUCUGGAGUCAAAUUAAAUCUACAGGGGCAGCAAUUUAUGCAAACAGACAUUAUUUAGCUAUUUACCAAACAACUCAUAAAGACAGAUUAGCAGCUAAUGGUGAAGGGAAACCUAAGAUAAUUGGAGAUGUAACUAUACAUCCUACAGCUCAAAUUCACCCUACAGCUGUGCUUGGACCAAAUGUAUCCAUUGGCAAGUAUGCCAACAUUGGUGAAGGUGUAAGAGUUAGAGAAUCAAUUGUGUUAGAGGGAGCCACUUUACAGGAUCAUUCAUGUGUAUUGUAUAGUAUCAUUGGUUGGAAUGCAGUUGUUGGUAGUUGGACAAGAGUAGAAGGUACACCUAAUGACCCAAAUCCAAAUAAACCAUUCGCCAAAAUAGAAGUGACAUCUAUAUUUACAAAUGAUGGAAAACUAAAUCCUUCAAUUACAGUAAUAGGUUCUAAUGUGCAAAUACCAUCAGAAGUAGUGAUCUUAAAUUCCAUUGUUUUACCAGAUAAAUCUCUAAGUGGGAGUUACAAAAACCAGAUCAUCUUAUAAUAUAGUGAUAUAAAUUGUGAUUUUACAGUAGAAGGGAGAUAACUCAAAUUUGACUGAAACUUGUAUUAUACCAGAUCAUUGUGGAAAAGUGCAAUGCAUGAACAUAUUGGAAUGUGUGACUAUUUUUUAAUAUUGAGUGAAAAAAUGCAUUCUUAAAGUUGAAUUUCACAAUUUGACCAAUCAAAUAUUUGUGAUAGACACAUUACUGAGACACUCAAGUUCACAACAGUAAAUUUUAAGUUAUAAUUAUAUAUAAUUAGAAGUUAUGUCAAUUUAUGUUAACACAGCUGGGGUAGAUUUUGCUUUUUCCACCAGCCCACCCGUGCCCACUCCACUAUAAUCUCUUUUUUGUAAAAAUAUUGAUUACAAACGCUUAUCUGCUAUUUUCAAUUGAUUGUUUUUGCAAGUCUUUUGAUAAAACAAAAGAAAUUGCAUGCCCACUCCUAUGGGUGGGAAGAGUGGACAAACUAGAAAUUUUGCCCACCUGGUGCCCACUCCCACUGUCGAUGGGUGGUCAAAGCAAAAUCUACCUGAGCUUUAGUGCUCAAAUAUUGACCAUUAGAUGGUCAUGACUUUAAUUCACAUUCAAAAGUGUCAGUCUUCCUAUGAUACAGAAUGCGGUUUAAACACAUUGAGAAACAACGUAAGAAUUUCUUUGAAUUAUGUAUUUUAAGUUUCCACAUUGGAAGAUUAACAGAAUUAUCCAUUAUUUAUUUAUUUAGCCAUAAUUUCAUAUACUUGUAUUUCUAAUAUUUACAUAACUUGUUGUUUAUUGUUUAUGAGGGAUUUUAUAAAUGUUUUUGGUAUUUUA